AUGACGUCUUGGCUCGUUUCUCCAUCGUUACCAACAGGCAAUAGUCGUCGAAUUGAACUUCCAGGCACUGACUUGUGGAUCAUUGCACGCACCGACAAAGUGUUCGUCUAUCCAUCUGAAUUAAAUAUCGAACAAUUCAAAGAUUCAUUGAGUCGUACUCUUUCCAUAUGGCCUAUUGUUGCUGGUCAUUUCCUCUUACUCGAUGAUGGUCAUUACUUGAUCGAAAUGUCCGAUAAUCCAAUUCCAGUUUCCUACACAGAAAAUACUGACCUAAGUGCUUGGCCGGUCAACCUGAAAAUUGUUUCAGAAUUGCAUCAAAAUCCACUUGUACCAUUUAUUGAUGGAGUAGAUGUUGUUAAACUAAUUUCUGGCUCUCAAUAUGAGCCUCUCGUUCGUUUAAAAUUAACUCGUCUCGUACAAAGUGGAGAAUGCGUAUUGGGAGUCAGUUGGGCACAUUUACUGGGUGAUGCAGCCGCCUUACUAAACUUCUUAAGUACAAUUUCACGUAUUUAUCAACAUCUGAAGCCAUUCGAACCAAUGCCUGUAUUCGAACGACGUCUAUGGUUAGAAGAAGAAAUAGAUCAAUCUUUUCUGCCUCUCAUGAAACAUUUGACUUAUGCGGGACCAUUACAAGAAAUGUUUCAACAUUUCGGCAGUUGGAAAGAUACAUACGAACAACUGAGCAUUCGCUUCUCAGGCGAACAACUAGCCAAACUACGUGAAUUAGCUGGCGGAAAUGAGGUCACCAUUCAAGAUUCACUUUCUGCCUAUAUUAUUCUUACACUAAAUACUCAUUGUUAUUUGAAUGAUGAUAAACGUCGUAUCUUACGAACAAAUACAACUGUAAACUAUCGUGGUGUCUCGGAUUCGAUUGCUCCAGCUGGACUCGUUUCUAAUACUAUACUCCAGGUGCUGUCCGAUGAUUAUGAUGAUCCAUUAGCUCUAACGAGUAUUGCCAAGACUACUCGUCGUUCAAUUAUUCGAUCACGUGAUCCACAAUUUCUCAAACGUUAUUUGGCUACAGCUGAUAAAUUAAUGAGAAAAAUCGCACGUGAAAAUCUAUUAGCUAAUUGGAAUCAAUUUCCAAAUGAAGUUCUAGUUAACUCUAAUUAUAGAUACGAUUGGGUGGAAUUGGUUGAUUUUGGUUAUACGGAUAAAUGUCGUAUGUAUACGGCAUGGACAGGACCAUUAUAUUUACGUGUAUUUCGUUUAAACCCUAUAAAAGAGGGUGCUGAAUGGUCACCACGAGAUCGAAACGGUGCCGAAGUGGCUUUUCUAAUUGAAAAUGAUAUGAAAGACAAAUUUCUUUGCGCUUGGCAGAAAGAUGUUGAAGAGAAUUUUGUAAAUGUAAAACAAUAA